AUGCUUGCCAAACUCAAGAAAGAGUUGAAAAUGCCAGACCGCAGAUUCUUUUGGAUUGUGCUGGACUCAAUGGCGAGGGUUGGUGAUUUCGAGUCAAUAGAAGCACUGUCAAACUCAGCGGGGCGAGGAAGGGCACCGCCAAUAGGGUUCACUCCAUUUGUUGAUACAUGUAUUAAGUAUCACAGAGACGAUGAAGCCGUGAAGUUUGCGCUUCGAAUUGCUGAUCUCAGAGACCGAGCUCGUGCACUUGCUCGAUGUGGCCGCGGAAGGGAAGCGGCAGACAUUGCAUCUCGGUUGAGGAACCAACAGCUCCUUGAAGAAAUUCAAGAUUUAGCCGCACGGCAUGUAGCUUCAGUAGCGAAACCGCCCGAACGUAAUGCAAAUCGUUGA